CGUGCACUUAAAAUCCAGUUCAAAUUAAACACUCUACAUAUAUCCGCUGUCACGACCCGGUUUUUGCUGAUUAUCCAGAUGUAGCAAUUUUUGAUCAUUGCCUUGCCGUUGGAUGUACGGGAAUGCGUGAAGGUUAUGGAACGCGUAAUUGCUGAUCAGACAGUAUAGAACGAUGCAGCCGGAUUUCUCAUUAAUUGGCAUCCUCAUCCGCUACCGGUCGGUGAUCCAGUUCAUUGCCGUGGUGGAUAUUGUGUCGGGUGUCGCGGCAUUCCUGCUUGAUCUACUGCGGUUAACAAAAUUUACGGCCAACGUCCUGCCGCUGGUAUACUCCGGCAUCUGGAUCGGUCUCUCCUGGAUCUCCACGGGCUGUUUCGCCCUGCUGGCCAGCACCCAGCCCUCCCACUACGGCCAACGCCUGCGCAAAUACGUCAUCGGGCUCCUCAUCCUGGGCACGCUGUCCCUCUCCGUCUGCUGCAUCGUCAUCAUCGCUAUCUCCUACUUCCCGCCCUCCCUGGACAACUACCUGGUCUACAACCACACCAACCUCCACGAGAUCGACCUGGUGCCCUUCCUGACCACCUCCAACCUCAGCGAGGUCCGCGGAAUGGUCAUUAUUAAGUCCCUGAUGGUCAUCCUGUCGGCCAUUAAGUUGUUCAACGCCUGCUGCGAGUUGACUUUCGGGGUGAUGCAGUUCCGCAGUGGGUACUUUGAUUUCAUGGAGUACUGGACCAAGGUGCCCAUGCAGAAGGUGGUGCGCUCACGGACCUUCCCGCAUUCGGCGCGGACCAUUAAGGAGCUGGCCAAGGAGGAUUUCGUGGAUGCCAAGGGCCGGACGAAUCUCAUGCGGAUGAAGUCGGUGCAACCGGUAACCGCCGCCGGGAGUAGUCAGGAAAAACAACGGGCACGCAAAGUUAUGAGUGUACCGAUUUAGUGUUGAAAUAUUCAGCGACGAGUUGUGAAUAUUACUCGUGUAUUCUGUGUACAUAGACUGAGUAGCUUGCAGUCAUGAGGAUUGCGGACUUUACAAUAUUAGACAUUCAUCAUUAAAUAUUUGAUUUAUAAACUGACGCCAGCAGGUACAUGCGGAUUUAAACUUUGGGAUGGCUGAAAAUUAGUUGUAACUACGUUACUUUGCUGUCCUCUAACGCGCUAAAUAAACUGGU